AUGUUCGAAGGCGGACCUGCUCUUCAUCUGCCGUUGAAAGAUUUUGGAGCCUGCCUGAAAUCGCGCGGGGCAUCGAAUCUCCUAUCCAGGCUCGACAAAUUCCGACCAACACCAACCCAGCCCUCGCAGUCAGUAGCAAUUUAUUUUUUUGGUUUGCUGUCAAUAUUAAGUCGGGCUCUUCUGGGCAUCACCGCUGCGAUGCACAUCAAUCAAACCAACGCAACUGCUCCCUGGCUUGACCCGGUUAUGGACUUCUCAUACUCGAAUGUCAAGGCCUUCAAUCCGGGAGCCCUCCCAAAGCGGCACACCGCCUGCGAUGAGUGCAGGCAGCGAAAGUUAAAAUGUUCGGGAGAGGCGACAGGAUGCAGCCGUUGUGUUAAGCAGUCGUUGGUCUGUCAUUAUUCCCUCCAGAAGCCGAUGGGGCGGCCUCCAAAGAGGAAACGGUCCGAUGAGAGCAAGAAUUCCAUACCUAGUCAGACUUUGGAUGACAGCAAUAUUACGGACCUACUACCGAUCCUUGAGGGUAUUCCAGACCCCGUGGGCGCAUUGGAGGCCGCUAACAUGUGCCCGGCAAUUUAUAAAUCUUUUAUGACAAAUCAGUAUGAUUUGAGAGCCGGUCCGUUUGUCACAGAUGGGCCGAUAUUCGAGUCCGAAGUUUUCCAACCAGAACCUCUUCUGGAGUGGAAGCCACAUAACCCGGACUAUUCGCAAAUAAACACCCCAAUGAUGUUCCAAACACCAAAUUACCAGCCCACAGAUUCCAGCUUCUCCCCUUUGGCUCCAAGUUUAACGACGCAAUGUUCAUGUUUAUCAUAUCUCUACUUAUGCCUCAGCUCCAUAUCAACACUGUCGUCAUUUCCGCUCUCUGUCCACACUUUAACAACGUUAUACAGCGCAGCACGCACCGCGAAAUCCGUGAUUCACUGCCAAAUAUGCCCGCAAGCUUUCAACACCUCAGUGCAAAACCUCAUGCUCCUCGGUACGCUCCUGAAUGUGGUAGCCGAUGGGUGGCUCCUAGUGUUUGGCAAAGAUGCCGAAGCCCUGGGAAACCUGAGCGUCGACCCCUCAUAUAUUGCAUCGCUGCCUACCGAUCCCGAACCGCGCCGGAAGCACUGGAGAGCAUGGUUACAUAAUGUCGUUAAGCAUGCUGUGAUUGGAAGUAGCGUGCCGCCUAUAGUCCAUGCUGUCCAAUCUCAAUGCCUUGAAACACCGAGCUUGCUCUCGUUGAUUGAGGAUAUGGAGGAGAGACAACGAAAAAUCCAUGCAGAGGGGCAAACCUGGCAGGAUAAAGCUUAUCCGGCGGAUGCACCCGGCACAGUUUGUCAGCAUCAGAGCGAGCACAAUAAGGAGCAAGACUACUUUUGUUUGAGGGUCAUAGGUAGUGCAAGGAAGGUGAUUGCAAGGUUUAAUUUUGAUGAGGGCGAAUCGGGCCUUUAG